UCCUCAUUCGCUAAAUACCAGCAGUCUAGGGUUUUAAUCUUCUUCUUCAGUUUACAGCUCCAGAGUCGAAAAUGGUGAAGGGACGCCAAGGAGAGCGUGUAAGACUCUAUACUAGAGGAACAGUCCUUGGAUACAAGAGGUCGAAGUCGAAUCAGUAUCCAAACACUUCAUUGGUGCAGAUCGAGGGAGUGAACACUAAGGAAGAAGUAGAUUGGUACUUGGGGAAGCGUAUGGCUUAUGUAUACAAGGCGAAAACAAAGAAGAAAAACUCGCAUUACCGCUGCAUUUGGGGUAAAGUUUGUAGGCCUCAUGGUAACAGUGGUGUCGUUAGAGCUAAAUUCAAGUCCAAUCUGCCACCAAAAUCCAUGGGAGCUAAGGUUAGAGUUUUCAUGUACCCAAGCAAUAUAUAAAGCAAGGUAUUUAGUUGAUGCUUGCUUGGAGGCCCUACGUUUGUCUAUCGAGGUCAUUAGUGGUGAAGGUUUUGAAUCUUUAAAAUAUAGUUGACAUAAAUUGUUUUGAGCUGCGUGGAGUUACAUUUUUUGGUAUUUUUGUUUAUCAUGUACUCUGAAAUACCAUCGUUUGAACAUCUGAUUAGAUGUCUAAUUUUAUUCUUGGAGUUUCAUUUUGUU